ACAGAGAUACAAACAACGCAGUCCGACACAGAACCAGUCGCGGUCGAAGUAGACGGCGGUAAGGAGCGCAUCAAACGCGUGCUGCUGAUAGCGGACAUUGCGCGUGCCAUCGCCAGUCUCUCUGUGAAGAUCCCUGCGUGUGUGAUGCACGGGUCGAGGAAGUCUAAGUACCCCCUCUCACAGGCGAGCAGCAGGCCGCUCAAGCGCCUGACUAGUGUGCCGAUGUCGGGUAUACUACCGACAAGCGCAGACGCCAAGGCUCUUGCUACCAUCACAACGCCUCUGCAGGAGGUGGCUGCCAGAGGUGUCGAUGUGUGGCAGGACUGGGUUCUCCAGCUUUCUCGGACGUCUUUAAGGUAUCAUAUAACAAAAGACAUCUACACCUCCCUUCAAACAAUGUCAUGGGACGUCGUGAAAAUCAAUGAGGAUAACGACCAAGGGGGGCAUGUGGAAUCAAGCAUCUCAGUGCCAUCUCAGCCGCACCCCAAGCUGUUACAGUUUAUGUGCACAGUUGAGCGUCUACUAGCCCAUGCCGGCGGCUAUGGGUGGGAUCCUACAAAUUCAGCGAGAUUGAGGAGGGAUCUCUGCACAGAAACAUUAGAAAUGAUCGACACCUUCUCCAAUAUUAGCGACAUGCCUCAGGAGGGUGCGAUCCAACUUCUGUUUGAUCUGUCAGUGUUUGUCGCAUUCCUUGCACCGAGAGGCGCGCAAACGACUGACGGCGAUAUCACUAGCACCGUACAGCGGCUCGAGACACAGAUACAGUCAAAGAUUGAUCCGUUCGACCUCAGCGUUCUGCUGCCGUAUCUGACUGAGAAUAUACAGUUGUGCUGCCGGCAACUCAGUACACUACUAGGCUUGCUGGAUGCAGGGGCAAAUCACGCCAUAUCGCAACACGUGCAUAAAUCUAAGACUAAUUCAAAGCGUGUUAAGAGUGGUGUGGGCGCAGGCAGUCUGAAUAUGCACAACAUUAUGAUGCUUGCCACUCCAACCGUCAGGUUUGGUACACUAACCGUGGCUCCGCUGCCAUCUGAAGCAACGGACGAACACGACAGCGGGACACUAAAUAAACCUAUCCUCAAUGUGACGCCCUCGCUGGGUGUGAUAGAAUCAAGCAAUCACGCUGAUCAGUCGGAAAGCACAUGGUCAACUAUCACGAAUUCGUCUGCCGUCGGUGAGCAGGCUAGUCAGUGGGUGCAGAAAGUUGGCUUCAGCGGUUCAGAGAGUAUUCGCAAUUUCUUAUGGGGAGGCCAGGAAGUACAACAGUCGCAAGGCAAGAGCGCUUCACCUAGAACGGCAGCGCGGAAAGCCCGCACUCAGUCACCAAGCAGAAACAAAACUCAGAAUAUGAGCUUCGAUCUGGGCUUUUCGGGCGAUUUCAUAUAGUAUCAACCCAGAGCGAGUACCGAGUUGCAGCGCCAGUCUUUGCCUCCAGCUUGAGGACUCGCUAGAGCUUGUGAAGCAUUAAUGGCGAGUAUGGGCGUGUGUCAUAGGUGGGAAGCGUUCUCUUUAAAUCGGCAUUGACAUACUUUGAAGUAAAACUAUAGACAAAAUGC